AUGGUAAUUGGUGUUUCAAUGUUGCAUAAGAUCGCUGAUGCAGCAUCAUUGGGCACAUUUAUUAAUGCUUGGGCAAGAACAAGUGCUCGUCUAGGGAAUAUUGAAGGUAUUCAUAAAGAAAAAGAACCUACCAUUAUUCCUAGUAUUGACGCUGCUUUUCAUUUCCCUCCGAAUGAAGUACCUAGUGUUCUGCCAUUUAAAAUGAACUCAGAAGACAGUGAGAUCAAACUGUUUGCAAGAGCAAACCCGACGAAGGUGGAAUCAGUGACAGCGUUGUUAUGGAAGUGUGCUUCGAAGCUCAAGGGUAAGGCAGAUAAAGUAUUAGAGUCAUCAUCACAAAAUUCAAAACCAUUCAUGUUAUGUAUGGCAGUGAAUUUACGCCAAAGGAUGAUUCCUGCAUUGCCUGACCAUUCUUUUGGGAACUUCAUUGCGCCUGCACUAGUAGGACUAUCGAACAAGCCAGGUGAUAUCGAGUUGCAUAAAUUGGUGGAAACUCUGAGAUCCUCGAUUAGGAAAAUCAAUGGCGACUACAUCAAAUAUGAAUUUCAAGUCAAUUAUGGACUGGUCAGGUCUCUGCAAGAUGUUCAUGAAAGGUUCAACAAAGAAGAAAUGGAAUUACACACCAUUACUAGUUGGUGUAGGUUUCCAUUUUAUGAAAGUGAUUUUGGAUGGGGUAAACCAACAUGGAUAUGUACCGUCAAUGUCAUCGCUAAGAACGUAUGCAUAUUAAUGGAUACAAGCGAUGGGUGUGGAAUAGAAGCAUGGGUUACAUUGGAUGAACAACAAAUGUCCCUACUCGAAUCUGAUUACGAGCUUCGUGAAUUCCUUGUUACACAGACCCCGGCCGUCACAGCAGGCCCCGUCGUUCAAUUUUAA